AGGAGGCAGGCAGCCCGCCGCAGGACGCCAGCGAACGAUAGCAGAUGGAGAAGACGACAGCACUACUACAAGACGCCGCAGUCCGCAAUGGCGAGCACUUGCAGACGCCCGCCGAGGAGCAGCCGGCAGAGAGCAGCGACUCGGAGAGCGAGUACGAAAUCCUGUAUCCCGGUGACGACGCCACCCAGGAGAUCCUGAGCGACAGCGACUUCUACGGCAAGUUCAUGCCCAGCACCGACACGCUGUCCGAGUCCGUGCUGCGCUUCUGCGGCAGCUUCCCCGUGCGCAUGGCGCCGCUGGUCGCGAGGGCGCUGGUGCAGCGGUUCACGGACGUGCGCUUCAACUGGGCUACCAAGACCCUGCAGUCGUUCCUAGAGGUGGUCUGCUGGACCAGCGUCACGUACGCGACUUAUUCACUGUACGGUGACGUGCUGCUGGCCUUGGAAGUCGGCACCUUCGUCGGCGCCAUGAUGUCUGUAUGUGACGAGAUCGUGCUGCAGUUCGUGCGCGGCUUGGCGCGCGUCAUCCGAAACCAGCCGGGAGGUGGCGACCUGCUGCAGCGACUGGGCUUCGACGUGCCCAAGAACGGCAAGGCGCCGACGGACGGCCAGGAGAUCACGCUCAUCAAGAACCUGGUGUUCGGCUACCUCGGCGUCGUGGCGGUGCGCUCGUUGUGGGAAAACUUCCACGACGUCAAGUUCUUCGCGCUGCUGACGGCCUGCACGGGCGUGGCGUUCGUCGUGACAGCAGAGUUCUGCUGCUUGUGGCUGCCCACGCGACGCGUGGGGCUGACCCUGCAGUCGCGAUUCACGAAGGUGAGGCGCAACUGGCAGGAACAUUGGCUCCGCUCUAUGGUGGAGAUGCUCUGCUGGACGCUGUCCACGAGCUACUUGUACUACAGCUCGGAGGACUUCUGGUGGGCCUUCCGGGUGGGCACGCUGGUCGCCGUCGGCGCGAGCCUGAGCUCGGGGCUCGACCACCUCACAGACGUCGACGUCAUGCACAUCGAUAAGCCUGAGUACGGCUUCUGGGAGGAGCGAGCUCUGGACGACCCGUUCAUGGCGCUGGCGGGGAGACUGGUGAAGGUUCAGCGCGCGCUUGAGACGACAUGGCGCGCCGUGGAGGCGGAGGCCAUGGACAUGUACGAAAACUUUGGCGAGUGA